AUGGAAGAGACCGGUGAAUCGGCCAGUGGACGCGCCAUCGGACAGAAUAUGCAUAUUAUUGACCCGGAUGGCGAAGUGGUCAUUAUCCUGCGCAAUGCGAAUGCCCCCUUUGCGGAGUGGAGUGAUGAUUUGAAUGCGGAACCAAAUGACCCUGGUCCAGCGCAACAGCCCAACUGCGACAAUGACACAGAAAAUAGCCACCGCUUCCAGGUCUCCAUGAAACAUUUAACCCUCGCUUCACCAGUGUUCAAGAAGAUACUCACGGGUGGCUGGAAAGAGAGCGCGACGUAUCUCCAAAAAGGAACUGUUGAGAUCACCGCGGAGAGCUGGGAUAGCGAAGCGCUCUUGAUCCUGCUUCGCGCGAUGCAUUGCCAGAAUGAUCAAUUACCAAAGCAGCUCACUCUUGAGAUGAUUGCCAAACUAGCAAUUCUGGCCGACUACUACGAGUGCCGGGAGGUCCUGGGGUUCUUCUCCAAUAUCUGGGUUCAGGCGUUGGAGAAACCGCCUGCAACACUCUGCCGAGAUUCGAUCCUCUGGCUAUGGAUCUCGUGGUUUUUCAGGCUUCCUGAACAAUUCGAGGAAGUUACCUCGACUGUGAUGUCGCAAAGUAAUGGUUGCAUCGACCAUCUUGGGCUUCCGAUUCCUGCAACACUCAUUGAAACGAUGUAUUCCACCAGAGAGUCGUGGAUUGAUACCAUUAUCAAGCGACUCCGCCAGGCUCAAGCGGACCUGUUCAGUGGCAAGCUAGGGUGUGGUUUAGAGUGCCGCUCCAUCAUGUACGGCGCUCUCACCUUACAGAUGCAUCCAACAGGCCUGCUGUCGCCGAGCCUUAUUGCGCCUUAUCUGGGCGCGAAUUACCAUCAGAUUGUGCAGCAUAUUUCGGCCCUCGCCUCACCAGAAUGGGGGAGUACUUCGAAGUCUGCUAGGGGCAAUCUUAGGCGUCACUCCUGUUCUGCGUCCUCAUUUGUAUGGCUCCUCGGUUACCCGAGUGGCAGCAUCCCCGGUAUUAGCGGAGAAGAUAAGUACUGGUGA